CAUGCUCAGAGGAUCUGAAGCCCCACGCGGCUCCCAGCAGCACCACCACAGCGCUGCUCGCGAGCGAUCCGCGACGCUCGCGACACAAGAUGCAAACACAGAGGAGCGCGAGGCAGCGGCAUGCACAUAGCGGCUGAGCACUAGAGACGGCACCGUCCCGACUCAGCUCUAUCGAUGAACGUUUCUCAUACGCCUUUAGCAAAAUGGGUUAAGGGGAAAAGGGAUGGGCGUGUGUGUAAACUUUGGGACACUUUGCUCGCGUUGGGAAAUGCCCGCCGUUUGUUUAGAGGCGGCGGCCGAACCAGCAGCAGCUCAUAGAGACCUGGAUCCACUCUGACGUUUCCCCGCACUUCUUCCUCAUCUACUUCUUCUUCUUCUUCCUUUUGGUUGGUUGGUUUGUUUAACGACAUGAUCCCGGAGCUGGCGUGCACCGCCGUCGCCGUGUGUCUCUACCUCAACACGCUGGACGCGGAUUUCUGCUACGAUGACAGCCGGGCGAUCAAGACCAACCAGGACCUGCUGCCAGAGACCCCGUGGACCAACGUCCUCCACGACGACUUCUGGGGCACGCUGCUCACGCACAGCGGCAGCCACAAGUCCUACCGGCCGCUCUGCACGCUGUCCUUCCGGCUGAACCACGCGCUGGGCGGGCUGCGCCCCUGGGGCUACCACCUGGUCAACGUGGGGCUCCACGGGGCCGUGACCGGCCUCUUCACCGCGCUGUGCGGGCCCCUGCUGCGCGGCCCGGGCGGUGACGGGCCCCCCUGGAGCCUGCUGGCCGGGCUGCUGUUCGCCUCGCACCCGGCCCACACGGAGGCCGUGGCCGGGGUGGUGGGGCGCGCCGACGUGGGCGCCGCGCUCUUCUUCCUGCUCUCCGUCUUCUGCUACGCCCGGCACUGCGGGCUCCGCCGAGACCUCCCCCCGACCGGGGCCUUCCAGACCCCCACCCGGCACUGUGAUGGUGACGUGGGUGGUGGGGAGAGUGGUGGAGGAGGUGGAGGUGGGGGCGUGCUCCGGUGCUGGGCCUGGAUGCUGGGCAGCCUGUUGUGCGCGGCGGCCAGCAUGCUGUGGAAGGAGCAGGGGGUGACGGUGCUGGCGGUGUCGGCCGCCUACGACCUCCUCCUGGUCCAGAGGCUCCGCCUGCGGCAGGCGCUGCUGCUGCUGCUGGGAAAGAAGAAGAGCGUUCCCGCCCUGCAGAGUGUGGCCGUGCUGUCCUGCUGGGGGGUCUUCCUGCUGUCGGCGCGCCUCUACUGGAUGGGCAACAAGCCCCCCAACUUCUCCAACUCGGACAACCCGGCAGCUGACUCGCCGCACCUCCUCACGCGCACGCUCACCUUCCUUCACCUGCCCGCCGCCAACGCCUGGCUCCUCCUCUUCCCCGACAAGCUCAGCUUCGAUUGGUCCAUGGACGCCGUGCCCCUGGUCAGCGCCCUCGCUGAUUGGAGGAACCUGCAGUCGCUCGCCUUCUACUUUGUUUACGUCCUCCUGGCCGUGUCCGGGCUCCGGGACCCCGCCGGCUCGGCCAACGGGACCAACGGGAAGGCCUCCCUGGCCAAUGGGAAAGCCUCCUCCCUGGCCAAUGGGAAAGCCUCCUCCACGACCAAUGGGAAAGCCUCCUCCAUGACCAAUGGGAAAGCCUCCUCCAUGACCAAUGGGAAGGCCUCCUCCAUGACCAAUGGGAAGGCCUCCUCGCUAGCCAAUGGGAAACCCAUCGCCAACGGAAAGCCCCUCCCCAACGGGAAGCACAUCGCCAACGGCAACGGCUACCACCCCGUCCUCGACGCGAACCACAACGCCCCCCCCGAGAACGGGGCCCAGAAGUGGCUCACCGACGGGGCCGCCCGGCCCACCGCCCCGCCCCGGCGAAGCCCCCUGCCCCCCGCGGAGAGCGUGGUGGCCUUCUCCCUGAGCCUGCUGACGCUGCCCUUCCUCCCCGCCACCAACCUCUUCUUCUACGUGGGCUUUGUGAUCGCCGAGCGCGUGCUGUACAUCCCCAGCAUGGGCUUCAGCCUGCUGGUGGCGCUGGGGGCCCGGGGCCUGUACGCCCGGUGGCCGUCCGGGGGGGGGCGCGCCCUGCUGCUCGGCCUCUGCGGGGGUCUGGUGCUGCUGAACGGGGUCCGGACGGUCCAGAGGAACAGCGACUGGAGCAACGAGGAGAACCUCUACAGGUCGGGGAUCAGCGUCAACCCCGCUAAAGCCUGGGGGAACCUGGGCAACGUCCUGAAGAACCAGGCCAAGAUGGCGGAGGCGGAGCGCGCCUACAGGAACGCCCUGUUCUACCGCGGGAACAUGGCCGACAUGCUCUACAACCUGGGCCUGCUGCUGCAGGAGACGGAGCGGUUCCCCGAGGCCCUGCACUACUACAGGCUGGCCAUCUCCAGCCGGCCCACCCUGGCCUCGGCCUACCUGAACACGGGCAUCGUCCUGAUGAACCAGGGCAGCCUGGAGGAGGCCAGGCGGACCUUCUCCACCUGCGCCGAGAUCCCUGACGAGAACCUCAAGGACCCGCACGCCCACAAGAGCUCGGUGACCAGCUGCCUGUACAACCUUGGGAAGCUGCUGCACGAGCAGGGCCUGCAGGAGGAGGCCCUGUCCGUCUACCAGCGAGCCGUGCACAAGAUGCCGAGGCAGUUCGCCCCUCAGAGUCUGUUCAACAUGAUGGGGGAGGCCUACAUGAGGCUGCACCGGCUGGAGGACGCAGCCCACUGGUAUCGAGAGUCCCUGAGGGCCAAGCCCGACCACAUCCCCGCACACCUCACCUACGGCAAGCUGCUGGCCGCCAUCGGACAAAAGGCAGAAGCAGAGAAGUACUACUUGAGAGCCAUUCAGCUGGACCCCACCAAGGGAAACUGCUACAUGCAUUAUGGGCAGUUCCUUCUGGAACUUUCUCGUCUUGAGGAGGCGGCGGCGAUGGCGGAGCGAGCGGCCGAGCUGGACAGUGGCGAGUUCGACGUGGUCUUCAGCGCCGCCCACAUGCUGAGGCAGGCCAGUCUGAACGAGGCAGCGGAGAGACAGUACGAGCGGGCAGCAAGCCUCAGACCAGAUUACCCGGCGGCCCUGAUGAACCUGGGGGCCAUCCUGCACCUGAACGGGAAGCUGCCGGAGGCGGAGGCCAAGUACCUGCGGGCGCUGCGGCUCAAGCCCGACGACGCCAUCACGCGCUCCAACCUGCGCAAGCUGUGGAACAUCAUGGAGCGCCAGGGGCUCCGGACGAAGGCCGGCAGCACGGGAUGAGCCCGCCGCCUCAGCCCGGCCGCGGCCGUCGGCGGCGGCGGUGUGUUCCUGUGGUCGAGCGUUGGGAAGCCCAUCCUGGCGUGGACGAAGCGGAUCCAAUCAGAUCACAGCUGUUUGACCUACUAAAAACACAACCGAAUCUAAUCGCCAACGGCUUUGUUAAUUUCUAAACCUGAAUGCUUGAUUUUUUAGUUGAUAGCGCUGACAUCGCGUGCGUUGGCGGACGUUGCGAAGGCCCCACUUAUCAUCCGACCCACUGAGGGACACAUCCUGUGUUGACCACUAGAGAACGCACUCUGCCCCCAGUGGGAGACAUCUUCAAACAGACACGUCUCCAAGGUGUUGCCCUCUUCUGGGAGGUGGCAGCGAUUCCAAGGGAAGGUUUUUUCCUGAAUGGGACCCUCGUUCCAGAUGGAGGAUAGGAGGUAGAAGUAUUUAAAACAGCUCACUUCUUUGGAAGAAACUCCAGAUGACGAGUCGCUACAGUGGGUGUGUUUUUCCCUGGAAAGGUUCUAAGGUGGGAAGGUUUUCAGCAACGUGGGCCAACUGUACUGCUAUGUUCUGGUGAAGGUGGUCCGCAGAGACCCCCCGUGGGUCGCUUGUUGAUCCUAGAGGGUCCCGAGAGGUCCGCCUUGUGUGACAAUGUCUCAUUGAGACGUAGAGUCAGUCCAUUGAGAGCAGGAAUCCAGCCUCCGCUUGUUUGGAGGAAUGUGACAGCAAUGUCAAAAUGUCCCGUUUGUUUGAUGGAAAAAGUCGGAUUGAACCACAACUCAACAACAGCCCCUCAGUUCGGCGCUCUUUGGGUUCCGACUGUUUGAAGAACAUGAAAACAAAACGAAAGCAUACGAGCGUCGCUGAGAUACUGCUCCCUCACAAAACAUAAACAGGACUGCAUGUCCAUAUGGUAACCAACAGGAGUUUCCCACGCCACCGCCCGGAACGCUGAGUGUUGAAGUCCUCCGAUCUGCACAGCGGGGGCUUGGAAGUGGCUCACAUCCCCCCCCGGAUUGGAUGUCAAACACCAUAACCGCUAAGCCGACAGCAGCCGUGACCUCAUCAUCAUGUUCUUAGAGGGGAACAGUCAUGCUCCAUUACGUUCCAAUAUGAAGGAGAACUGUUUCAUACGCGCGUUGGGAAGAGAUUGCGGUCCGUAACAUCGACUCUGUUUCCGCUAAAAAGUGUUGCACCGUUGAAGUCAAAUUUUCGGAGUUGAUUUUGCAGGCCGUGAUAGGCAUACGUUCUUAGGUCGAAGAACAAAGCCUGAGGUUACGGUAGUCAGGGUCACGGUAGUGAGGGUUACGGUAGGGAGGGUUACGGUAUGAACUCUAUGUACCAAUGUCUUGGGCCUAGACACGCUGUGCAAAUUCAAAUCAGCAACCCAAGGAUGUGUGGUCCUUACAAGACAUCACGCCACUAUGACGUAAGCACUCAGUGAUCAUUUGGUCAUUAUUUGAACAGGUUGGGACUGUAAAUUGAAGAAAAACAACUAUUAGACCGUGCCAAAAUGUGUACUGAACAGAAAGCCUCUGGUGCCAAACGAGAAGUUAUUUUGACCUUUUAUGUAUUAAGAUGUCAAAUGAAGAUGUAUUAUUUUAUUCCAUGUGUCUGACUCAUUGUUUUAAUUUAUUGAUGUUUUUUUACUGAAAAUGACAACACUCUCUCUCUCUCUCUCUCUCACUCUCACUCUCGCUCUCGCUCUCUCGUCUUUCUCUUGUUUCUCUUACUAUUUUAAUUUUUUGAUAUUCAUUUCUCUCUGCUCAGGGACACCAGGAUGUACUAACUAUCUGAAAAAUGUUCCAGUAUUCUGUUCUAUGAGGAUAACCGUGUAUGGUUACCAAUCGACAAAUGUACAGCUUGACAAAUAAGUGUUGUCUUUUGUAUGAGAUUGUGUUUGUUAUUCAGAAUAAAAACAUGUUUUUACA